AUGGCUAAUUCAACUGAACCAUCGUCAUCUUUGAGCUUUACUUCAUCUUCCCAUUUAUCAAAUGGCACAUUUGGCCCCACUAAAUCAUCCUCUAGCCUUGAACCGGAUCCUAACCUUGAAAUCAUCAGCUUAAGUAAGCUUAGCUCUAAUUUGGAGCAGCUCUUGAUUGAUCCAAGUUGUGAUUAUAGCGAUGCGGAUAUCAUUGUUGAGGGAAUUCCAGUUGGUGUUAACCGAUAUAUUUUGGCUGUUAGAAGUAGGUUUUUCCAUGAGUUUUUUCAGCGAGUGAAGGGAUCUACCGAGAAGGAAGGAAAACCUAAGUACUUUAUCCGUGAUUUGUUGCCUUAUGGCAAGAUUGGAUAUGAGGCAUUUCGGGUUUUCUUGAGCUAUCUGUACAUGGCAAAACUGAAGCCUUCUCCAGUGGAAGUGUCAACUUGUGUUGACGAUUUUUGCAUCCAUGAUGCAUGUAGACCCGCUAUUAAUUUUGCUGUGGAAUUGAUGUAUGCCUCCUACAUUUUUCAGACGCCAGAGCUGGUUUCACUUUUCCAGAUCUGGAUUCAGCCAUUGCGUUGGACUUAGGGGAGGGACACA